CCAGCCCACACGUUGCCUGUAUCUGUACGACGCACUGUUGUACCACAGUAGAGUCUGUCGAGUGUUUAGUUCUGUGCGUAAAUGAACGAAUACAUAAGGGGAGAAAAUACGGGAACCGUAAGGAAUUGUUCCUCUUUCGAUUACUUCCCUUUAAAGUCUGAAAAAAUCAACCAAUCAGGUAUUUUCUCCAUGUUAAAACCACGCGAAGGCUUGUUUACUUCAGCGCCAUUUUGACAUUAGUAGCAGGUUACUCAAUUCGACGUGGAUUUGUACUCAAACAACCGAAAAUGAGAAGAAAACAGUAAGUAAUAUUAAAAUUCAAAGACAGGAGAAUGGACUGCAAGCAAACUUCAGCAUCCACUUGGGAUUUUGACGAGCUGUUGGACGUUUUUGAGAAUCCUUCAAAAUAUGAAGGCAAAUAUUAUCAGAAAGGUCAAUAUGACAGCUCAAUGGACGAAAAAUAUUAUGGCUCACAUAACAUAUCCCAAAAAAGCGCACAUGGCGCCAAUCCAAACUCAGACAUUCAGACGAGCCUGAGGACACAGCAGCCCACUCUCAUGGAGAUCCUAUGCGGCGAGGACAAGCCCUUCCAAAGUGUGUUUCAAGCCAGCAAUCCUGUGAAGCCAAGUCCUGAUAUUGACCUCUCUCUUCCUCAUCUGUCCCCUGAUGUGAUUCAGCAUCUUGAGGAACUACCGACAAAAGACGAUAAGACAAAGCCUGCAUAUGUAUAUCAACCGCCAGCAAAGAUAUCGAAUGGUUUUAAUCCACUGCCUCCUCAAGUUUUUCCUGUACCUACCAUGCCACAUCUACAUCCACUGCCGCCUCAUAGUUUCCCGACAGUAACCAUGCCUUAUCAUCAUCCACUUCCUGCACAAUGUCCAUUGGCUUCUCCAGCUAUUCAUGUUCCAGCCUUGAUUAUCCCGACCAUUGCCUCCCUGCAGCAAGUGCCGAAACCCGACCGCAAGUACACGAGGGCCGUGAGGAAACCGAUCCCCACAGAACUGGAAGACGAAAAAUACAAUGAGCGACGAAAGCUCAACACCCUCGCAGCCAGGCGGUCACGUGACAAGCGCAAACAGCGAGUGGAGGAGCUGGCUAUACACACACGCAGACUGCAGGAGGAAGAGGUUUGUCUGGAGGAGGAACAAAGAGUGAAGACACAAAGAGUUCGUGACCUGUGCAUCCUUUGCGGUGAAGAUCCAGACGAGAUGCUCCGUAAAGUUCACAUGUGGGCGGACUAUGCAGUUAACCUGCAGUCUGGUAGAAAUGACAGAUGGACACGCUCACCAUCAGUUACAGUGUAGAGUAUUUGUGCUUGAAUUGUCUUUACCAAGUACAGAGUUUAUAAGAUAUAAGAUUUUAUUUGAGGCCAUGUAAAACACAGAAUAAUAAAGUGUCCGUCACAACAUGCGGUUUAUUUCAAUGUUCUAGUUGUCAUCAUCAGGUAUAGUGUACUGUAGAAUAUUUGUGUUUUCAUUCUCUCUGUCAAAUAAAGAGUAAACAGGACAGCUCAAUCUUCCUUUUUUCCCCUUUCCUUUUCGAAAUUUAAUUGUGGAGAAAUUAUGUUGCAUUUAUCAAUCAAAAUACACUUUAAAUGAACUUUUGGUUUUGAAUGUUUUCUUUGCAAAAUAAAGCAAUUUUUUAAUUCUAU